AUGAAAGAAUCUUUGAUAAAUAUGAACGCGACCAUGAACGAGACAUUAGCACCUGCAAAUGACAGUAAUUACAUCGACAGUAAGGCCAAACGAAACUACGAGAAUGAUGUUGUCGCCACGAUUGCAACUGUUCUGGAAAGUAUCGUGAAUACUACGACCAACAAUAAUAUAACGGAAACAACGGAAGCAUGGGUAACAACGGCAGAAAUGACCACAGAACUCGUCGUUACGACAAUGCCUCCGCCACCAGCAGAGCCACCUUGCCAGCAAUACUGUCGUGGUGCCUACGCUUCUAUUUCUUUCAUUUUUCUUGUUGUUUUCAUGCUUUCGCUUUUUCUCAACUGUAUGCUUCUAGCCGUUAUUGGAAAAUAUGACGGUCUUAAAAACCCGAUUCGAAUGCUCUCCCUUAAUCUCGCUUCCUGUGACUUGGUGGCAACGGCUCUAGGCGUCUUCAUGACAAUGAUUUCAAAUGCAAUGGGAUAUUUUUACUUUGGCAUGAAUGCUUGCAAAAUCGAAGGAUUCAUCACUUUCUUCUGUGGCUCAACAAGACUUCUUAGUCUUCUUUUGAUGCUGGUUGAGCGAUAUCUUGUGAUCUGCAAUCCGCUUGCAGGAGCUAACUUUGAUAUCAAACAAUCGAUGAUUUCAUCUGGUUGUUGUUGGAUCUGGAGCGGAAUUUGGUGCAUGCUUCCGCUUGUUGGAUGGAAUCAAUACGCACUUGAAGGCAUUGGAACAUCUUGUGCGCCAAAUUGGUAUAGUGGUGGAAAUGGUGCAAAGUUUACCAUUUGUUUCCUGAUCAUCGUCUAUAUUACGCCGUUGAUCGUCAUGAUUUACUUAUUUGGAACUACGCUUAGUUUUAUACGCGUUCAGUCACCGUCUGAGCGAAGUUGCCCGACUCGGGAUCACGACAUUCUUCUAUGGAAAAUGACCGUCGCAAUGGUAGCUGCGUGGCUAAUAGGAUGGAUGCCAUAUGUCUGCUACAUCUUGUCAAUCAUGAUCUCGAAAACUGCCGUCGACGAUGAUGUCUACUCAUCCCGUUACGCGUUCGUCGCAUUUCCCUCUGUCAUUGCCCGCAUCUCGUUGAUUUGCAAUCCGAUCAUCCAGUUUUGCAUGGCCAAGAACUCAAAGAUGACGAACAAAGUGACUCCCAUUGAAUCCGAGCCUGCAAAUGAAGAAGGUGAGAAACAAGGCGCCUGA